UGAGGAGAAUGAAUGCAGGAGUGAGAAUUGGAGAGGAUAAAGUAUGUGUGUUGUUGUAUGCGGAUGAUGUGGUGGUUAUGAGUGAGUCUGCUGGAGAACUACAGAGUCUCCUAGAUGUGGUAGGGGGUUAUGGAAGGGAUUUUGGGGUUAGGUUCAGUAGUGAGAAGAGCAAAGUAAUGAUAGUGAAUAGGUCAGAGGAUGAGAGAGAAACAACUUGGAGACUGGAAGGGGAUGAGUUGGAACAGACGGAAGAAUACAAGUAUCUAGGGGUGUGGAUGGAGGUAAAUGGAUGCGGCAGGGCCAAGAAUGUAAAGAUAAGUAUGACAAACCAGUGGGUAGGCCGUUUAGGGAGUGCAGCGAGGAUGAGAGCGAGCAAGUAUGAUGUCAUCCGUGAGGUUUGGAAGAGUGUGGCUGUCCCGAGCAUUAUGUAUGGAAUGGAUGUGAUGACAUGGAAUGACAGUGAGAUAGAAAAAUUGGAAGUGGGGCAGAAUAGGGUAGCAAGAAUGGCACUGAAUGCACCAAGGUUUGCAGCAGUAGAGGCUCUUAGGGGGGACAUGGGAUGGAGCACGUUUAGGGAAAGACUAGUAAAGGCAACCUUGAGAUAUAAAGUGAGACUGGAACAAAUGGAGGAUGCAAGAUUAGCAAGGAAAGUAUACUUGUGGAGUAUAAGAGAUGGCAAAUGGGCGAAUAAAUGUGGGCGAAUGAUAGACAGGAAUGUUAUGCUAAGUAGGUGGGUGUACCGACCCUUUGAAGAUAGACAGAAUGUGUUUGAAUGGAGAAUAACAAACAGAAAUGGAGAGGGGUUUGAGUGGGAUGUAAGAAAGUGGAAGAAUGUGAUAGAUAUGGCAGUUAAAGAUGAGGGAUUGAGCAAGUGGAAGAAUGAGAUGGAAAGAAAGGAAACUCUCGACUGGUAUAGGGAGAAAGAGGCCCCAAAGUGUGAGAUGUGGUAUGAGGGAAGCCUGGGAGGUGAUCUUCUUUUCCGUGCUAGAGCGCAGUGUCUGGAUGUGAAUGCAAGGAACUAUAGAUGGUCUGAGUCCCGCAGCAAAGUGUGCCAGAUGUGUGACAGGGGUGUGGACGAGACUGUGCAGCAUGUAGUGCUGGAAUGUAAGAAGUAUGACAGGGAGAGAACGAAGAUGAUGCAUGUGUUUUUGAGCGAGAUGGGACGUGGAGUGAAUGGGAGGACUGGAAGGGAGUGGAUGGUGCUGCUGCUGGGGCUCAGUGGAGAGACGAGUGGACGAGUGAUUGAGGCAGUGAAAGAGUUCUUGGAAGGCAUGUGGCGUGAAAGAUGUAGGGAAUGAUAUCUUGCCCCGAGAACAUUGACUUCCCGCAUGUUUUUUUGUUUUCUCUUCACAGGAGCUGCCGCUACAAAGGCCUGGCUGGGGAGAAAUCCCGAGCCACCUGUGACAUCAAGAUCAAGAUCAAGGUCAAGAUCAAUAUCUUGAAUCCAGCAUCCUCAUCAUUGCAGGUGUGCAGUGUAGGGGAGCGUGAGCACCUGCCAGGCCGCUCACAGUGAUAGAGCCCUCAAGUAGACUAAGAAGCUGUGUUGCCGAGGACCACGUCUGGCUCCAGCAGCUCAGAUGAGGAGGCGUCACGGUUCGGGGAGGCGUGUGACCCCACCCUGUGGAGGACGGCCGCGCAGGGAGCCGCCAAGAAUGAAAUCUGCAGAGCGGAGGCAUCUGAUGAGAAGCCCCAGCCAAGGCGACCAGAGGCAGGCCUUCAUGCUGCUGGAGAAGAUGCGCACAACCCUUGCCGGGGCGCAGGGCAAGGCAGGGUGUGUGGGGCUGAGGCACAAGGAUGGCCAUGGCCCCGGCAUACAGGGCAGGCCAUCGUCAGGCAGGGCAGAGGCCAGCACAGCGAGGGCGGCCACGGCUGCCCCAUCCACACUCCCCCUUCCUGGCCAAGCAGCUCACCUCAAGACUGGACGGGAGUGUGGAGUACCAGGGUGACCAGGAGCACAGACUGACCAAGGAUGGCAGUGGUGAGGGUGGUGGUGGUGGUGGUGGCCAGCCCCUCCAUCAUCCCCUCCGACUCCUGACUAACCUGCCGCUCGCCCCUCAAGGCAUCACUGACCCCACACACGCAGCAGCCAGAAGGAGCAGGCCGGACAGAAUCCCCGAGACUCUCCUACUUUGACGGCUGUGAUGCGUGACCAAGUGGUGUGUUGGUGCCUACCUCUGGCUGGCCGGCUGUUAUGAUAGAAUUAUGAAGAGCAAGCAGACAGCGCUGAAAGAACGGGGACUUCUUCUUCCACGAAAAACUGCCGAUGAGAGAGUGAAGCGAUGAAUAACAGGGCACUGAAUAACAGGUAGCCACGCCCUGUAGAUUUUGUGUGACAUUUAUAAGAAGAACAUAAGAGCAUAAGAACAUAGGGAGACUGCAAGAGGCUGAAUGGCCUACACAGGGCAGCUCCAGAUUCCCCCCCACUGCCACCUGUCAUCCUCGUCCAUGUAGCUAUCAAGUCUACUCAUAAAACAAGCUGUCAUCCCUGCACUCACUAUGUGAUUGCUGAGUCUAUUCCAUUCCCCCACCACCCUAUUACUAAACCAAGGCCUGCCUAUUUCCCUCCUAAUUCUAUACUUUUCUAA